CAGUAAACUUAAAUUGUGUAUUUUAAGGAAGUUGUGUACUGUGUGAUCAGAGCUCUGAAGGUUUGGAAUAAAACACUCCUGAAGCAAGAACUAUUGGUUUGGGUGGAGUGUAGCAAUCUUUCUUAAAAGCAGUUCAAACAGCAUUUUACCCUGAUAUAAUAUAUUUCCGGUCUUUCAAAAACAAACAUUUAAAGAUAUCAGCCAUGGGACAAGCAGAGUCAAAAGUGGACGAAUGGAAAGCUAAAACAAGAUCCUACCCAAAGCAUGUGCAAGUUAGAACAUCUGCCUGGAACGGUGGUGAUGAUAUGGUUCUAUUAAGACGUUUCCUUUACCUAGGGACGGAAAGUGUGUACAGUUCAACAUUUGUAUAUCCGGACCAAAAAUAUGCUGAUCUUAUAAACAGAUUGAUUUACGAAGGAAGAGGAAAAGAAGUUGUGCAGCUACUAGCAACGAUAAAUUAUUCUGGAUCGGCUCCAAGGCAUAAUUACAUAAUAUUUGCACUUGCAGUUUGUGCGAGAUCAGACGACAUCAGUACUAAGAAGUUGGCAUACGACAAUUUGUGUCAGAUUUGUCGUAUCCCUACCCACUUUUUCAUGUUUGUUGAUUUUUGCCAAUUUGAAAGUGAGAAAUCUCAAUCACGAUCAAAGGGCUGGGGAAGAGCUCACAGAAGAGCUGUACUGAAAUGGUACGAAGAGAAAUGUAAAAACCCAGAGGGACUUGCCCGACUUUUGACGACAUAUAAUCUAUGUACAGUUGAAGGACACGGCAAUAGAUGGUCUCAUAAGGACAUUUUUCGACUUGGUCACCUUUCAUCAGACGAUGAUUUGAUGAAAGUGGUGAAGACUUUUGUCCUGUUUGGCUUUAAGAAGGCCCAGAGUCAGGUGUCCGAGGAGACAAAGAAAAAUGAAAGAGUUUCGGAGUUUUUGACUUAUAUAGGAAGUACAAUCAAAGCAAAGAUAUGCUUCGAUGAAGAUGAACUGGUUGGCCUCAUAAAGAGGCAUGGCUUGGGAAAACAACGCGUUUCAAAGGCAUUGAUGACCUCAAAAAACGUUUGGGAAGCAAUUUUAAAGACCAUGCAACCCGAAGCUGAGAUUGAUAUCUGUAUGCUAUCUGCCAAAGGAUUGUGUGGUGAAGAUUCCGAAAUAGAAAAAGAAAUAAUAGAGAAGAUUACUAACGCUGACUUCUUUCAUCGUGCAAGGGUGCAUCCGAUUAGAGUGUUGUCGGUGCUAUUGACCUACGAAAAGGGAGAAAAACGUAUAGGUCGAAAGUCCAAUCCCCGCAAAAAAAGAAAAUGGAAUGUGAAUAAAAACAUCGUAAAGGCGCUUAACGAAGCUUAUGAGUUUUCUUUUCGGGACGUACAACCAACAGGAAAACAUGUCUUGCUGGCGGUCGAUGUAAGCGAAAACAUGAGAGUUUCCUGUAAAGGUUGUCCCACAAUCAUGUGUAACCAGGCUGCAGCCUCGAUGAUGAUGAUGACAGCUCGCACUGAGCCAAAUUGCAAGAUUUUUGGGUUCUCUGAGGGGUUUACACAAAUACGCAUAGAUGAGGAUGACACAUUUUCUCAAACUGUGGAGAAAAUGGAGUCGCUUCCAAGCGGAAAAGCCGAUUGUGCAAUACCGAUGCUUUGGGCAAAACAACACAAAGAGAAGAUUGAUGUUUUUAUCGUGUACACUGACAACAUUCCUACGAAUGGACAGACCAAUCCCUCAAAGGCAUUGGAGGAAUACCGCCGAACAAUGAAUCAACCUGAGACAAAACUUAUAUUGGUGGCAAUGGCACCUAAUCCUGAUACAACUGCAGAUCCUUCUAGACAAGUUGUCAUUGAUUCCAAAAAAGCUACGACACAUGAUGACAGAGAGAUUAACAUCGUCGGCUUUGACGCUCAUGCAGCCACACUUAUUGCAAAGUUCAUUCAAGAUGAAUUAUAAAUUAUGCAAAAAUUGUUAGUAAUUUGCAGACUGUAUUGCCUUUUAUGUUACCUUAUUAGCCUGGACCAAAUUUAAGCGCUAUCUAAUGGCAACAUGCUGUGAACUUUGUAUUGAGAUAUUUGCGCAGCAUCUUACUUACUUUGGAGAUAUUGUAAAUUAGAACGAUUGGAAGUUUUGUUUACUGAACACUCAGUCUAUGUUUUAUUUUGAUUAUACUCUGAACCUUAAUUUCGUCACUAAUAUCAUAUUUACGUAGAAUAUAUAUGCCCAUGAGUUCUUAUUCAAGUUUGAUACUGGGCCAGAGCAGAUUUCAAGCUCUGAUAUAUCAGAUAUGUCAUAUUUUAUCACGUCUAGCAUCUUUGCCUUUGUGUUUCAUCCUUACCUUAUUUAGGCAGAAAAUAUAAACAUAUAAACUUUCA